UUUCUUUUAUUUCUGGUCAAAAGGGAUACAUAUAUAAGCAACUCAGAUAGAUAGAAACCUUGAAAAAAGAGUUCAUGGUUCAAUCCUUUUGAUUUGGACUUCUAAUUAGUGUGUUCUUCUCAGAAACCAAAAGUAACAAACAGUACUAGGGAUAUAUAUAUAUACAUAUAUAUAUAAUGGCUGCUGCCUCUUCCCCUUCACCUUUUUUUGGUCUUAGAGAAGAUGAGUUCAACAAUCAAAUGAAACAACAACAACAGCAACAGCCGGAUAGUUCUCAGCCGAUGACAGCACCGGCACCGGCACCGGCACCGCCAAAGAAGAAGAGAAACCUCCCCGGAAAUCCAAACCCGGAUGCUGAAGUGAUAGCUCUGUCGCCGAAGACACUCAUGGCGACAAACCGGUUUGUGUGUGAGGUCUGCAACAAAGGGUUUCAGAGAGAGCAAAACCUUCAGCUGCAUCGACGAGGUCACAACCUGCCGUGGAAACUCCGGCAGAAGAGCAACAAAGAAGUUCAACGCCGGAAGGUGUAUUUGUGCCCCGAACCUACAUGUGUCCACCAUGAUCCCUCUCGGGCUCUCGGCGAUCUCACCGGAAUCAAGAAACAUUUCUCAAGAAAGCACGGAGAGAAGAAAUGGAAAUGCGAUAAGUGCUCGAAGCGAUACGCCGUCCAGUCUGAUUGGAAGGCUCAUUCGAAGAUUUGCGGAACUAGAGAAUACAGAUGUGAUUGUGGAACUCUAUUCUCAAGGCGUGAUAGCUUCAUCACACACAGAGCUUUCUGUGAUGCAUUAGCACAAGAGAGUGCAAGAUUGCCACCAAGUCUCUAUGGAAGUAGCAACAUGGGCUUGAGUUUAUCACAAAUGAACUCUUCGGCAACGGACAUUCUCCGGAACACCGGUGGAGGACCACCGCAAUUUGAUCAUCAUCAAUUGAUUACUCCUUCGAUAAAUCCUUCGGCUUUUCGGUCACCGCCACCACCCCCACUCUUCCUUGGUGCAAACCAAGAGUUCUCUCAGCAAAUCCAUGGGUUGAUGCAUCAUUCUGAGCUCCAAAGCAACACUACAGGAAACUCAUCCUCAUCCAAUAACCUCUUCAGCUUCAGCUUCUUGUCCAACACUAGCAACAACAACAAUAAUAAUAAUAAUACUUCAAGCACCAUGAACAGUAGCAUCAAUGGAGGAGGAGGAGGAGGACCUUCAUCUCUUUUUGCAGGAAACUUAAUGAGUGAUCAUCAUCAUCAUCAUCAUCAUCAACAGCAGCAGCAGCAGCAGCAGCAACAGCAACAGCAACAGCAUCUUUUUAACACUAGUACAGCAACAAUGCACAAUGAGCCAGUGUUGCCACAAAUGUCAGCAACUGCACUGCUGCAAAAGGCUGCACAGAUGGGUGCAACUUCAACAUCCAAUGCUUCAUCACUUCUCAGAGGCUUUGCAACCUCAUCCUCAAACUCAAGUGGUGUAAAGGCAAGAACAAGCUUCAUCAAUGAGAACAAUCAUGAUCAGAGCCAUAAUGAGAAUGAGAGGCACUUGCAGGACUUGAUGAAUUCACUGACAAAUGAAGGUGCUGCCAUGUUUGGAAGAUUCAACAGUGGAAGGGAUACAAUGACAAGAGACUUCUUGGGAGUUGGAAGCAUGGUGAGAGGCAUGGCAGCAGGAGGAGGAGGAGGAGGAGGAGGAGGAGGAGGGAUAGACAUGGGAUCUAUCUCCAUGGAUUCAGAUAUCAAGUCUGCUUCUUCUUCUAGAUCUUUUGCAGGUGGAGGCUUGCAUUGAGAGACACAGAGAAAGCUAGAGAAAGAGAUCAAGAUAAUCAAAGUCAUGAAGAAAAAAUGAAUGAAAUGGAAACUAAUUAAUAUUUCCUAGUUGUUCUUUUCCCUUCAUCUUCUUCUUCUUCUUCUUCUUGUGUUGUUGUUACUGUUUCUCUAUCUUUGUUGUUGUACUUCAUUAAUGGUUAAGAAAGAGUUUCAUCAAUUGAA